AUGGCGUACUUCAACCAAGCACGGCAGAAUGUGAAAUACACGUGUUCCGCAAGUGCGCCACUAUGCCCAGACGAGAAGGCUGUAUCCACUUUAACCUCUCUACCGACACCACCUACGUCACCGGAAAUAUCAAAUACCGCCAAAGGUCAGAAACAGACGUCAUGUACUCCGAAACGCCGAACCGACCACCCGAAGGCCUCAAAACGGCGCGACCCUAUUGGUCAGCUACUGGCAAGUCUCGGAAGUCAGCGUGGACCCUUUGCAGAGCCGGCCCUUCAAGCACCAUCUGCAUUUUCUCCUAUAUCCGCCGGUCACUGCAUCGCCCAGCUGUCGCCCUUAGCAGCAAUAGCCCAGUGCGACCGAAGCGCAGAAGUUGGCAUUGCAACAACAGCAACAACAACAGCACAUGCAAGUUCAACAUCAAAUGCAGCAACAAUAUAUUGCGCAACAGCGCCAGAUCGCAGCCGAACAAACCAGCAUAUGUUGGCCCGAAACAUGACCGAAAAUCUUGACAAUUCCUACUGGAUAUCGGUCUUGAAGACUUCCGGUGAGGCAAUGACGCCAUUUAGUCCGAAGGAUGCGCGCACCCCGGCAGCGCCACGAUAUCAGUGUGCCGACUGCAAGAAAAGCUAUUCGACCUUCGGUGGCCUCUCUAAACACAAACAAUUCCACUGCGUCAGCCACGUUAAAAAGGAGUUUAACUGCAAAUACUGUGAUAGAUCCUACGGCUCUUUAGGAGCCCUAAAAAUGCACAUCCGAACACACACCCUACCGUGCAAAUGCAAACUCUGCGGCAAGGCCUUUUCGCGUCCUUGGUUACUACAGGGACACCUUCGGACACACACAGGCGAGAAGCCUUUCAAAUGCGCGCACUGUGGCAGAGCCUUCGCUGACAGGUCCAAUCUGCGCGCGCAUCUUCAGACUCACUCUGAUGUCAAGAAAUAUGGCUGCAAAAACUGCGCCAAAACGUUUUCUCGCAUGUCAUUGUUGCUAAAACACGAAGAAGGAAGCUGUAUUGGUUUGAGACGCUAG